GUUUAAGAGCUAGUACUCCAUUAAUCAGCCAAAUUCAUGAAAAUAAAAUAUUAGAUAUUGCCAUUGAAAAAAAUAGUAGAGUAAUUAAAAAGGAAGGCAAAUAUUUUAAACCGUGUCCUGAAGUUAAGUUAAUUAAUGAUCUGAUCAAAAAACAAGAACCUAAAACUAAUGAAGAAAAUGUACCGACGAACCCCAAUAAUAAAAAACAAGAAACGUACUUGUUGAUAAAUGGAAAUAAAAGUGGACCAAUUUAUCAUGAAGGUGAUGCUUUUUUAGCUCUAAAUACAUGUCCUUUAGACAGUAUUGUGCAGUUACUUUUUAAUGGAGCACUAGAGGACAAAAAAUUUUAUAAAUUUUUAGAGGCUUCUGAAAAUCCUGUUUUUAAAAUGGUUUUGAAUUUAAUGAAAUAUGGGGUGAAUAAAAACUAAUAUCAAGAACGAUUUUCUAUUUUAUUAAAAAUUUACGGAGAUAAAGAAAAGAAACAAACUUCAAUAUAGAAUGAUGGCCAGGAAAAUAAACCAAUUCAAAUCUCACGUGCUAUUGACUGUCAAGACAAUGUGAGUAGCUUGUGGAAUAAGUUAUUUGAAAACGUCCCCAGUAUGUUUGAGAACAUUUCAUGUCCAUCACCAAAUUGUACUCGCUAUGAUUUCCAAUCCACUAGGCCAACUUUAAGCGUUAACUAUAAAACUCUUAUUAAUAAGGGAUUUGGUAAUUUGCAAGAUGCGCUUACUUUUAGUGGUACAUAUGAAAGGUUCUGCACAAAUUGUCAAGAAAAGACACAAAUCUGCGAACAAGUUCUCAAUGCGUAUAUAUAUAUUGAAUUAGAUAUUAAGUUGUCUAAUGAUGAUGAAGGUAUGGAAUGCAGGCUACGAGAUUUUCCAACUUUUUUAACUAUUGAACAAAAUGAAGCGAUGAAGUUAUGCUAUAGACUAUGUGGAGCUAUCGGAUUCCAUUCAUUUCAUUACAUUGCUUAUUGUCGGAGAUUAUCAGGGGAGUGGCGGUUUUAUAAUGACUCAUUGAAAGAAUCAAAGGCAAUUAAUAGCUAUUCGAAAAUUCUGCCACAUGGAGUACUUUAUUUACUGAAUAAUUGAGUUCAGUGAUUUAUUGAAGAAAGUUGCAUUAUUAAAGUAAAUUUCUCCAACCUUUAAAAAAUUUCAUUUCAUCGAAAAA